AAGGGAGAAAAGGUCCGCGACUUCAUAGUCCGGUGGGAGAAGGAAGCCAGAGACGUGCAUGGGGCGGAUGACCAGGCGUUGGUUGCCAUGUUCCAAGCAGCCCUCCCCCGCGGAGAGGUGAGGAAGGAGCUCCGCAAGAAUCCUCCCCCCACGUACCAAGAGACCUUGGCGCGCGCAAAGUUCUUAGCCUCGGAGGAGUUCGAUGAUGCCCUGGAAUCCGAGGCCGCGCCGGCUAAGCGAGCUUCAGUAGAUUCGGGAGAGGCCGCGAAGAAGAGGAAGAAGAAGAAAGACUAUACCGCGGGCCCGAGGACGCCCUCGGCCGGAGUAUACUCUGUGGGCGCCCCCGUGGGGGCGGGUCGAGAGCUUGCCCUUUCCCCGCUCCCCCACGUAGAGGCUUACGCGGUGUCCAGCGGAACUAAGUAUUGCGAGUACCAUCGUAACAACACUCAUAACACUAAGGAAUGCUUCACUCUCCAUAAGGAAAUGCAACGACUCAUCGCCCGAGGGCCGCUUCCAAGAGACGACGCGGCUACCCCCUCCCGGGGCCCGCCGGAAGGAAGAACUUGGAGGAAGGCGACUGAGCCAAUCGCAGUGGCGACGCAGGCAAGGAACCCCGAGAAGAGGCACAUUGGGCGGGAGUGCGACGAUCUGGACGAAGACGAAGCCCAAGGAUAUCCGGUGGGAUUUAUCCAUGGGGGAAACAUUGGCGGGGACUCCGCCGCUCAAAGGAAGAGGUGGAAGCACAUGGCCUUUGUCGCCAAGGUCCAUCAGGCGCCGGCGCCCAAGCUCGGAAGACGAGAGCAAAUCCAGUUCACGGAGAAGGAUCUUCCGAACACGCCGAGUCCCCACCGGGAUGCCUUAGUCGUGAAGAUAGAGAUCAACGACGCCAUAGUACACCGCACCUUGGUGGACACGGGAAGCUCAGUCAAUAUAAUGUACGAGAAAACAUUCCAAGACCUCGGCUUGAACCGCAAGGACUUGAGGCCUGUGCGCACUUCUCUCUCCGGAUUCACGGGGGACUCCAUCGAGGCCGAGGGAGUUAUCGUUGUAUCCGUGAUAGUAGGGGAUGGUGCGCACAAGGCGAAGCUGAAGAUGGAGUUUAUGGUUGUGAGCAUCAACUGUGCGCACAACAUGAUCCUGCGGCGGCCCGGCCUUGAGGACUUGGAAUGUGUGAUCUCCCCGUACUACUUAUGCAUGAAGUUCCCCACUCCGUCCGGCAUCGGGGUGGCAAGGGGAGACCAAAAGUUGGCCCGAUUGUGCUACGUAAGAAUCACGAAGAAGUUGCCGAGGGAUGAGACAAUGGUCGUACACGCGCAAGAGGGAAUGCGCAAGCUGGAAGCUCGGCCUUCGGCCGAGCCCGCCGAGGAAGUUGAGGAAGUGCCGCUCGACCCACAAGUUCCCGAGCGGAGGGUUAAGGUCGGGGCGACCCUGACGACGAGCCAGCGGAUGCGCUUGGUGGAAGUGCUCGCCGCCUACCGCGUGAUCUUCGCGUGGGGACCUGGGGAUAUGCCGGGGGUGGACCCCAAGAUCAUAUGUCACCGGUUGGCGGUCAACCCGGAAUCUAGGCCAGUAAAGCAGAAGAAGCGUUUCCUCUC